AUGCAAGAAGGACGCGCACAACUUCCGGUCUCCAAUGAAAUCUAUAUCGAUCAGCAUUAUGCAGAGCUACCGGCAGUCAACGAACCAUCUAUCCACCAACAAUAUGCAGAGCUACCAGCAGUAACCGAGCCAUCUAUCCAUCAACAAUAUGCAGAGCUACCACCAGCCAACGAGCUAUCCUACCGCUUGGAAGAGUGCCAGCAGAACAAGUUUAUUGGAGUGGAUAAUUUGAUCGACGGAAAGGCAACACCUACUGCCGCUGAGCCAAGGCAUGACUUGGACGGGUAUAAUAACUCAAUCUACUCAGUUGGCAUGCAGCAUGAGUUUGAGCAAGCUGAGGCAGUCUGGACACAAACUGAGAACUUGCAGCAUGUGAGGUUGCCAACAUAUGAAGAGUCAGAAUGGGCUCCUGUCGCUUUGGCUAGGGCUGGGACUGGGGAGACAACAGAAGUGCAGGAACAAUAUAUCGGUCACUCUCCAAUUCAAAUUGAGCAGCCAGUUAAUCGCUCGCAAGGGCUUACCUGUCCUGUUGUCAUUCCCCACUGCAGGCCCAGCACGAAGUCCCCCACGUUUGGGCGUGCUUAUGCACCCAUUUUAGCCAAUUGUGGGAUCUGCCAGGAUGUAUUCUUGAGGUUUCUGGGGGACUUUGAUCAAGCAAUUAUGGAUUCACAGUCGCUCAAUGUUGUCAAUGUCGCAGCGGAUAUAUCAUACAAGGUCCCUGAGAUAGCUUCUUUUGUAACAGGCCUUUCACUUGAAGUUGCAGCAGGAGCAGCUCAUGAGAUGCAGACCUCUUGCCCUGCAAACGCCUUUCUUGAGUGGGCAAACCACGAGGUAUUCAUUCCCAAUGGCCUCUAUGCUGUGGUCUUGCAAUUCAAAGACGAAGUCCCCGGUGAACAACAGGGGGCCCUUGGUAUACUAUCUCAAAAGAUUGGCAAAACGCUUUUCACAACCGAGAAGAUUGAUAUCAAUCAGCCUGUCUCCGCGACAGUAUUUCACCCCUCUUCAACCACCACAAAGGUUGAGUUACCGCAAAUUGCGCACUUGGUUUACCCUGACUUGUAUUCCGGGCCAACACAGACCGUAAGUGGCAGAAGGGCCAAAUCCGAAAGCAUGCAGGGGAAGUCGAAGAGCGCAGGAGCCAGGUUGCAGGAUCAUAUGGAGAAAAAGGCUCAGUCCUCAAACGGACUCAAAGAUUCCGCAUGUUGCCUAGCUGUCCGUGGGUCAAGUGACAGGAGACUUGUCUCGCGCUAUAACGACACAAAUCAUGGAGUAAACAAACGCAAGCUUCUCUCAACACUAAGCGGUGGUCGGCUUGGCAACAAACCAGGCCUAAUCGAGCAGGCAGCCAACUCUAUCAAGGAAUUCCAAGACCUGAAGCGGAUCGCUCGAUUGGAACUUCCACAUGAUCCAAUCAAAGAGAAGUUGCGGAGGUCUCAGGAGAAGAGAACCGAGAUUCCCAGUAAAGCUCUACAGCCGAAUGUGCCAUAUCUGAUGAUUGUUAACCGGCUUAGCGAAGAGGAGCUACAGCAUUCUGUUUCUCUAUUGAAGGCAAUCUUCUAA